GGAGGGUCACUUCCUUGCUGAUUGUCACCAGAAGAGUCUGCUUAUCCCUGCUCCUAGCUGGGAACUAGAUGUGGUAGAGGCAGCCGGACAGCAUGAUCCUCCUUGCAGUGCUUUUUCUCUGCUUCAUUUCCUCACAUUCUGCUUCUGUUAAAGGUCACACAACUGGUCUGUCACUAAAUAAUGACCAGCUGUACAAGCUCAAGUACACCACUGAAGUGUUGGUUGAUGGGGGUGAAAGAAAGCUGCAAGACAGCGUGGGCUACCGGAUUUCAUCCGAGGUGGAUGUUGUUUUACUGUGGAGGAAUCCUGAUGGUGAUGAUGACCAACUGAUCCAAAUCACGAUAACGGGUGUAAAUGUGGAAAAUGUGAAUCAACAGAGAGGAGAGAAGAGCAUCUACAAAGGAAAAGUCACACCUAAAAUCACAGGAAAGGAGAACUUGGCAGCUCUGCAAAGACCCGUGCUUCUCCAUCUGGUCCAUGGAAAGGUCAAAGAAUUCUACUCUUAUGAAAAUGAGCCAGUGCCCAUAGAAAAUCUCAAGAGAGGCUUGGCUAGCUUAUUCCAGAUGCAGUUAAGCUCUGGAACUACCAAUGAGGUAGAUAUCUCUGGGGAUUGUAAAGUGACCUACCAGGCUCAGCAAAACAAAGUGGUCAAAACUAAGGCCUUGGAUACAUGCAAGAUAGAAAGAUCUGGAUUUACAACAGCAAAUCAGGUGCUGGGUGUCAAUUCGAAAGCCACAUCUGUCACCACCUAUAAGAUAGAGGACAGCUUUGUUACAGCUGUGCUUGCAGAAGAGACACGGGCUUUUGCUCUGAACUUCCUACAAACCGUUGCAGGAAAAAUAGUAUCGAAGCAGAAAUUAGAGCUGAAGACCACUGAAGCAGGCCCAAGAAUGAUACCUGGAAAGAAUGUUGCAGGAGUGAUCAAAGCAGUUGGUUCAAAGUACACAUCCAUUCCCCUUGUGGGGCAGGCCUUCCAGAGCCCCUGUAAAGGGUGCCUUUCUCUGGCAGAACACUGGCAGACCAUCAGGAAGGAACUGGAGCCCGACAACCUGUCCAAGGCAGAGUCGGUCAGCAGCUUCCUGGCCUUCAUUCAGCAUCUCAGGACAGCGAAGAGAGAAGACAUCCUCCAGAUUCUGAAGGCAGAGAAGAAGGAAGUGCUACCUCAGCUAGUGGACGCUGUCACAUCUGCUCAGACCCCAGACUCACUGGAAGCCAUCUUGGACUUUUUGGAUUUCAAAAGCGACAGCAGCGUGGUCCUCCAGGAAAGGUUCCUCUAUGCCUGUGGAUUUGCCUCCCACCCGGACGAGGAACUCCUGAGAGCGCUCCUUAGUAAGUUCAAAGGUUCCUUUGCGAGCAACGACAUCAGAGAGACAGUCAUGAUCAUCAUGGGAGCCCUUGUCAGGAAACUGUGUCAGAACGAUGACUGCAAACUCAAAGCAGUAGUUGAAGUCAAGAAACUAAUCCUGGGAGGACUGGAAAAAGCAAACAAGAAAGAGGACACCAUGAUGUACCUGCUGGCUCUGAAGAACGCCCUGCUUCCGGAAGGCAUCCCACUGCUUCUGAAGUUUGUGGAGGCCGGAGAAGGGCCAAUCAGCCACCUCGCUGCCACCACUCUCCAGAGAUAUCCUGUUUCCUUCAUCACAGAUGAGGUGAAAAAGACCUUGAACAGGAUAUACCACCAGAAUCAUAAAGUUCAUGAAAAGACCGUGCGUACAACUGCAGCUGCCAUCAUUUUAAACAACAAUCCAUCUUACAUGGACGUGAAGAACAUCUUACUCUCCAUUGGUGAACUUCCUAAAGAAAUGAAUAAAUACAUGCUCACCAUUAUCCAAGACAUCCUACGCUUUGAAAUGCCUGCAAGCAAAAUGGUUCGUCAAGUUCUCAAGGAGAUGGUUGCUUACAAUUAUGACCGUUUUUCCAAGAGUGGAUCCUCUUCUGCCUACACUGGCUACAUAGAUCGUAGUCCCCGUGCAGCGUCCACAUACAGCCUUGACAUUCUUUACUCUGGCUCUGGCAUUCUGAGAAGAAGCAACCUGAACAUCUUCCAGUACAUUGGAAAGGCAGAUCUUCAUGCUAGCCAGGUAGUCAUUGAAGCCCAAGGGCUGGAAAGCUUAAUUGCAGCCACUCCUGAUGAGGGAGAAGAAAAACUUGACUCCUACGCUGGCAUGUCAGCCAUCCUCUUUGAUGUUCAGCUUAGACCUGUCACUUUUUUCAACGGAUACAGUGAUUUGAUGUCCAAGAUACUGUCGGCAUCUGGAGACCCUAUCAGUGUGGUGAAAGGACUUGUUCUGCUAGUUGACCAUUCUCAGGAACUUCAGUUGCAAUCUGGACUAAAGGCUAACAUGGACAUCCAGGGUGGUCUAGCUAUUGAUAUUUCAGGUUCAAUGGAAUUCAGUCUGUGGUAUCGUGAAUCCAAAACCCGAGUGAAAAACCGGGUGGCGGUGGUAAUAACCACUGAUGUCACGGUGGACUCCUCCUUUGUGAAAGCCGGCCUGGAGAGCAGAGUGGAGACAGAGGCAGGCCUGGAGUUCAUCUCGACGGUGCAGUUUUCUCAGUACCCGUUCUUAGUUUGUAUGCAGAUGGAUAGGUCUGAAGCUCCAUUCAGGCAAUCUGAGACCAAGUACGAAAGGCUGUCCACAGGCAGAGGCUAUGUCUCUCGGAAAAGAAAAGAAAGACUGAUCUCAGGAUGUGAACUCCCUCUCCAUCAGGAGAAUUCUGAAAUGUGCAACAUGGUCUUCCCCCCACAACCAGAGAGUAACUCAGAUGGAUGGUUUUGAAGCUAAUGGGUGAUGUUUUCCUUGAAUUCGUUUCCAUGAGAGUGAAACACUUUUAUAUGCCUAAGUCCUUGCUGAGAGCACAGUGUUUACAUAUUUACCUGUAUUUAAGAGUUUUGUAAAAAGCGAUGGAAAACUUCAAUUGAGCCUAUUCAGGAUGUACCCAGAGUGUCACUCAGUCACCAUUCGACACUCGCAACAACAUUCCUACUUUUUCUUGUACCUUGAAAAAGUCCCAUGAGUACAGUGAAGCUGAUUUGCUCUAAGAAGAAGCUAGUAUUUGUUGAAAACAAAGACAAAAACCUAAAACCAUAAACGCUCAGGUAAAUCUUAAUUUGAUUCAGCAAUUUUCAGCCAAUGUGUAUGAAGCCCUUGGCGGAACCUUAAACUUGCUUUCUAUGUAGCAUAUUGCCUAACUGGGGCCAGAGGGAGGAACCAAGGAAGCAAUUUUUCCCUUCUUUCCUUUUCUCUUUCCGUUUCAUUUCAUUUUUAAUGUAUGUUAGAAGGUUCAGAGAAAGGGUGGAGGCAAGACUCUUAAAAGAAUUUUGUUAGUUAACGCCAAGAACCAAUAUUUAUGCUUUCUGUUAUAGCUAGUUUUAUUACACAUAGAGGUAGGAGACACAUAAAAUUAGGGAUGCUGUACUGUAUCAUUUUUCUGCCGACCCUGCAGUGAGACUGCUUGGAAGACAUUCAGCCUGAAAUUUUUGGAUUUAGUAUAAGGGAAUAAGAAAAUUGAAUUUUGUUCUGUUUAUCUGACUUUCUCAAGCUAUGUCUCUUUGAGUCUGCAACAUGGUACACUGUUCUUCAUAAGGGACAUCCGUGUGUGGUCAUCACUUUAUUUCUGCCUCGCUUGUGUGGUGGUAAAAGCUCCAGCCUUUUCUGACUACAAUUUGCUCAAUAUCCAAUAAAGACUGCUUCAAAAAAACCAGUGGAUUUUUAUUUCAAAAUGUGAAAUUGAAUUGGCUACCUUUAUGAAUUAAAAGUCUGUGCCAAACACUUAAACAUAUUUAUUAAUAAAACAUGUGUUUAUUGUAAUAAACUUCCCAUCAAAUGUCAGUCAGGUUUUGUUUGUCCACUAAACACACAUAAAGUGAAAGUUUGGCUGAAAUUGAAAAUAAACUGUGAUGAAAUAAAUUCAUGGAAAUUUUAUUGA